ACUUGCGUGAAUAUUGACAUCGUAGCAGCACGUUCCUGGAGCAAAUCUUAAUAUCAAGCGGGCUUCCGUUGCAAGCGCGUCUCAUUCUGCUCGGGUCACUGAGCUGCAUAGCUUCUAUGGAGGGUGGGGGUGGUGGAGUGGAACGCGUACUUUGGCACAUUCUCAUUAAACGACACAAUCGACAGUUCGUUCGAUCGUGUCGUGUGCGCAGCUGCGUAGCCCACAUCUGUGCUGACGGUGAGCGCCCGCAGCUUCAGCAGGACUCGCGCAGCGUGAGAGGAGGAGCGACCACCGCGUGGAAGCAACGAUGGUCGUUCGGGGGCUGUGGAGAUGCAUACCAAGGUUGGGAAAACGAGGGGGGCGCUCUGGCUUCUUGUCGUGCCUGUGCGUGGCGAUCAUUAGCGUUGCCGUCUUCGCGUUGCUCUUCGUGGACAUCAUUGAGUACUGGAUCACGUCUCUGCGGAUGAGCGCCGUGCGGGAGCCACAUGUCCGCAUAUUCCCCCCACAGAACGUCCCUCCCACCAGACCCGAGGAGUUUCUGCUCAUGCCCAGUCCGCUGGUGUGCCAGCGUGCCAAGCCGUACCUCAUCACCAUGGUUAUCUCGGCCCCUGCUCACCACAGGGCACGACAAGCCAUCAGGGACACGUGGGGCGGGGAGAGCAACGUGAGUGGUUUGAGGGUCAUGACCCUCUUCAUGCUGGGUGUUCCAUCUGACACAGGACUGGGCAAAAUGCUCUUUGAGGAGGCUAGGGAGCAAGGGGACUUGGUUCAAGGGCGUUUCCUGGACUCGUACGCCAACCUGACCCUGAAAACUUUAGCCCUGCAGAGCUGGGUGCGCCGCUUCUGCCCCCAGGCUCACUUUGUGGCCAAAGUGGAUGACGACGUCCUAUUCAAUCCCAGCGCACUCCUGCACCUAUUGAACAAGAGCCGCAGCCCGUACGAACAAAGUGACUUGUAUCUCGGCAAAGUGCAUCUCCGCGUGGCUCCGAACCGGGACCCUCGCAGCAAGCAUUAUGUCCCGAAUGAGGCCUACCCGUCAUCUGUUUUUCCAGACUAUUGCAGUGGUACAGCAUAUGUUCUAUCCCGUUCCGCAUUGCUCAAAAUAUCAUUGGCUGCCUCUGUGUCGCCCCUAUCCACGGCUCAACCCCCCGAAGAUGUGUUUGUGGGGGUGUGUGCCCAGGCAGCUGGCAUCCUGCCUACACACUCCCCCCUGUUCUCUGGUGGACCACCUAUGCCGUAUGGACGCUGCUGCUACCAAGCCAUGGUGUCGGUGCACAACAUUCCACCUCGUGAUAUGCUGUACUACUGGGCUGAUAUCCACUCAUCGGGACAGUGCCUGUGGUUGAGCACGCGAGCAUCCUUGUGCAUGUGCAAAGUCGGUGCCCUGCUGGGCUCAACGCUUGACCUGUGGAAGGCGGCGUGAGUGGGGCGAAAUUCUGUACUUUUAUAAAAAUGACAGUAUGCGAAAAGGGGGACUUGGAACGGCCACUUCAAACUGAGUACAACACAGCAAGAAUUUUGAAAGAUGGAAGAUGGCCUCUGGGGGUUUGAAUUCAGUUUUAUUGUACGUAUCUUUUUUUGUGAUAUCAGCUCCAGAAAAUUUGUUUAAAAACGUUCACAUUUUAGGAAGGUAUAACUUGAUGACACGUUAUACGUCUUUGUACAGAAUGUAGCAAGGAACGUGGCAUCGAAAUGGACACACAUGAUUUACUUUUGUGGUCCACAUAAAAGGAUUGGCAGGCUGCAUCUGACCCCUGGGUCUUGCGUUUGACACCACUGUCCAAGGAGAAGCCCUUUUACAAUUGGCUGACAAGUUCAAGUGAAAAUAUCUCACCACUAAGCUUGUACAGGCCGAAAUUUCAAGGGCUUCAUUCUUGGUCAAAAAUGACCAUGUUUCAAAUGGCGUCAGUUAUCCUAAAAUAUUUAUUUUUGUUUGUUUUUCAAACUUGUCAUGUUCAUACUUGAAGCACACAUUCAGCUGGUGUAAAUAAAUUCUAUUUUUUAAACUGUCA